AUGGAGUGGUCUAUGCGCUUAAGAGUUGCAUGCUAUAUAGCAGAAGCCUUGGAAUAUUGUAUCAAUGAAGCACGAACUCUGUAUUUUGAUCUAAAUCCAAAUAAAGUUCUCCUUGAUAAGACCGGCAAUCCUUGUCUUUCUUGUUUCGGUCUUGCAAAAAAUCACAAAGAAGGUAGAUGUUACCGCACUAACAUUUCUUACACUCCUCCAGAGUGCAUAAUGGGAAUGGUCACUCCUGAAAGUAUGAUAUACAGCUUUGGCAUUCUGCUACAAGAUCUACUUAGCGGAAAGCAACUUCCAGGAGACAAGGCACUAGAGCUGGUAUUGGGUAAACAAAUCCCUAUUAUUCUAGAUUCUCGUUUGAAUGAUGAAUAUUCCAUUGAAGAGGCAACUGUUUUGAUGAAACUUGCUUAUCAAUGUUUGGAACAUAGUCCUACGGACCGACCCACUAUAACAGAUGUUAUUGCAACCCUUGCACAAGUUCAAAGCAAUGCUGCAGGACUAUCUAAUGCAAUCCCAGGGACUGAGGGGCAAGAUGCAUAAAACCUUACUUUUUCUGAGCAGUCCAAAGCAAAAUAUCAGACGAGGCACACUUGACCGGUCUCCACACAAGCUGUACGAACAUCACAUUUCCGUGCACAUUUGCCAAAAGCCAAAAAUUGGAGUGAACUUUUGCAUCAGAAACAACUAUUCCUUAUUACAUUAAUUUGUUGGUGUACAUAGAGAAGUGUGAAUAUUUUUUG